GAUUGUUUUUGUUUUUAUUUUUCGCGAUAACCGCGUGCUCUUUUAAAAUGUCGAAAUCAAGUAGAACUCGUGGUCCAAAUUUUAACAAUAAAGAACAAAUAUUGCUGCUGGAAGCUGUGAAACCGUACGCUAAAAUUAUUGAAGCAAAGCAGACCGAUGCGGUUAAACAAGCAGAUAAGCAGGAUGCAUGGACGCAAUUAGCAGAAGUUUUUAAUGCUAAUACAACGGACCAACCCCAAGGAGCGGAGAACCUUAUAAGUUAUUAUAGAAAUUUGAAAUCGAAACUCAAAAACAACACUCUGAUGCCAAAAUGUUAUUAGUUGAUCAUGCCCAAAGAAAUGUCCUUAUAAAAUCCAUAGAAGACAAUGGGAAAGACUGGAAUGCUGUGGCCACAUGGAAUGAUCCUGAGCUGCGUGAGAAAGGUUUUGAGGAAUUAACUAAGGAAAUGCAAAGGAAUGAAAACAAACAUAAAAGGCACUUGAUGGGAAUAACACCGCUAAAUACGUUUAGGCGCGCUAAAUAGCCAACGUGGCCCGUUUAAUUUUGACACAUGGCAUUAAACGAUUUUAGUUUCGUAAUUUUGUGUAAGGAGUGCUUAAAGAGUGCGUAUUUACGUUCCUUAUGCAAGCCACACUUAGAGUUAUUGUUAUUAAAAUAACGGUGUACAUAUAUAAAAUGAAAAUAGUGUUGUACAAAUCUAUAAGCAUACAAAGAGAUAGUGAAUCAUGUCAACGAUAGUUAAUUAUAAUAAUAGUAGGAGAUAUAACAAAAUAUGCAAACUUAAACUGCGAGUACACCGGUGACCGCAACCUAUUGUUCUUUAAUUGUGUCUAUAAUGACGGUACUCAAACGGUUAAAAAGAUACUUCCUACCUGAACAGUUAACAGAUGACAAAGAAAGUUAAAACAAAAUGAUUUAAUUAUGAAGUUAAAGCAAAUCUGACGUAACAAACACACAUUUGAUACUAAGAACAAUUUACAUUUGGUGGUUUUAUUAUAUACCGUAUGAAUACCAGGCUGAUACUUAGCUGCGCUUCGCUUUCAGACAUGCGCCAACCUCCUCCGCACCACGCUUGGCACCGGAUGAUGAAGUGCUUUGCGUCCUUGGGUACUUAGCUAGCAGAGGCUUCAGCUCAUCCAUCGAAGACUCUUUACACCGCUUCCCAUCUGAGGCCUUGACGAAGAUUACACCAUCCUGUGUCCCGCAAGACCUCAUACCGAAGUGCUGUCAUGCUUUUGCAAAGACAGACUGCCUCUCACGGGUCAGAAACUCUCUGAUGGCAAUCUUCGUACCCUUUAAUCUGGUUUUUGCCCGCCAGGCUGACUGUUUGACAUCCACACUGGCAAACCAGACCAGAAGAGGCCGGUGGUGAUCCGCACUGGUCUGCCCCAGUCUGUGUGAAGCCUUGACAGAUGAUGAGCCAUGAUCGUCCCACUGCAAGGCAAAGGUCUUCCUACCCUCCUUCCACUCCUCUCUAUGUAAAGCUUUUUGCUUUUAUACUUAUAAUUAAAACUAAUUACUUAAUUCAUCAGCUAUCCAUCUUCUCACAAAAUCUUAAACAUUCACGAUACACAUCUUUUCAUUUCGCUGCAAAUAAAUCACACGUUGGUGCACGGACAAUCACGAUGUCGGGACAGCCAAUGGGCGGCGCUAUAAGCUGACGUUUGCGCUCCCCGCCACCCCGCCCUUCGAGUAUACAAGAGCGGCCAGCGGCCACCUCGGGAACGGCAUUCCUUAGUCAGCUUUGCCUGUGCAAUCAUGUCUAUCUGGAGACCAUUUAGUUUAGAAGAAGUCAACACUGUCGAGGACGAUGAGACGACUCAGACCACAGAGAUAGUGGAACCUCUAUCGUCGGAUUUGAGUGUGUUACGCGUGCCACAAUCUGUAGCUGUGCCUGUGUCGGCGGCACAACCGACGCUGUCAACGUACCCGGUAUACCCGACAGAGCCAGGGUACCUGCCGCUGCCUCUACGCUAUGGAGAUGUUCAAGUUUCCUCAGGUGGUAGUUCAGGCUACCAUUCCUUGAGUACGCCGUCAUCGUCACCCCCGCCUGGCCCACCCGCCGCCGUUUCUGCACCGGAGGCAACUGCAGAGCUGGAUCCAGAUUAUCAGCGUUACGUUGAGGCUGCCAUGGCUGCCAUAAGAGCUCACCAAGGUGGCACUUUAGUCGGAAAUAAUCCGAACAUGCGUCGCGCUGUGCGGUCGCAAGCGCACGCCGGCACCGCGGCGGAAGCCGACGCCUACCGACGCACGCGCGAGAAGAACAACGCGACGGCGAAGAAGAGCCGCGACCGGCGGAAGCUGCGCGAGGUAGAACUGUCGGUGGAGCUGUCGUACCUGAAGCAGCAGCUGGCGGCGCUCAAGGCGACGCUGCGCUCCCGCGCCUGCACACGCUGCCGCCGCUCCUGUCUGUGCUAGUGCGGACCACCAGCACACACAUACACACACACACACAUACACACGGCUGUGAUACACAACGUUCCUGAACGAUGUGCAAAUAUUUCGGUGCAUGACUAGCUUUAAGCAGAUUUAAGUGAAAUGGUCGUAAGACUUUAAACUAUUGACGUGCAAUUUAUUAAAUUGUAAGUAAAUAUAUUUUCUAGAAUUUGAUCUAAUUGUUAGUAUAAACACCAUUCUUGAUUGUAAAUUUUAGUAAACAAGGCUACCUACAUUAUUUUUUACUUAUUUUUCUAUUUCAUGAUCUCAUGUAUACAUUUUAGUACUGAGUAAUUAUUAAUAACCCUAAGUUUUACUGUUACUGUCAUUACAGGAACCAUAAUGUUUACAAAAAGACUAAAUAUACACAUUUUGUACAGUAAUGUUGUAUUU